AUGGCUUCCGCAUUGACCGUCUCUGACUGUAUCAAGUACAUGAUAGUUUCGUCUUUUAACACCGAGGCGUUUUCCUUGCGAAUACACGAACUCAAAAUGAAAUCAGGAUUUCUUUCAAGUAAUGGCACUGAACAAUCCGACAAGUUUGUUUGUGAACACACUGUAUCAUUGGGUCUUAAAAUGGUGCCCUUUACUCCUUCUGUGAUGUUUCGAGUGGUGUCAAUUCUCUUGUGUAUCAUCAAUGGUCUACUUUGUCCUAUCACAGUCACUGGAAACCUCUUGGUCUUCGCGGCUGUACUUAGGAAAACGGACCUUAGAACUGUAGCAAACACAUCGAUAUUGUGUUUAGCUUUCACAGAUUUGCUUGUGGGAUUAUUCGUUCAACCUUGCUACGUUGUAUAUCAAGCAAGCAAGCUCGCUGCAAUACCACACGACUUCCCAUGCGUCCAGCUACUUAUCUAUUCGUUUUUAGGGGUAAUAUGCAUAUGUAUGUCGUUCCUAACGCUUAUAUUGAUUUCACUGGAAAGAUAUAUGGCGGUGUUUUAUCCAUAUCGUUACAUUGAAAAGGUCAAUACCAAACGAGUUAUCGCACUGGCUGUCACUUCGUGGUGUGUAUCGAUUACAGUAUUACUGGUCGUGCGCUUUUUAUUCGGUAUAAACAGCAAUCAAGAGACGGGAGUUAUAUCGUUGAUAAUAGUUACCAACUUUGUAGUAACGUCUUUUGUGUACUUCAGGAUAUUUAGACUUGUUAAACGAUGUAACGCACAGGUGAACGUCGAAAUGUCACACAACACGUCAACAUCGGGUUCUCCACCAACUCGGAUGCAGUCGAAC